GUUACACACUUUAUUCCUUCCCUCAGUCUUCAGUAAAUCUCAAAAGUUUUAGAGAGAGAAAACAAAGUUUAGAGAGAGAACGAGAGACAGGGAUUGACUGCAAUAUACACCCACAAUCUUGGUCCCAAAACCCUCACGCGUGUUCCUGAGCCAGCCCCAUUACAGGUUUUCCUACCAAAUUCAAUGGAAAAGUUGUGUUUUACUUCUUCAUUCAUGGCCAUGGAUCCUUGGAGAUAAAAGUUGGGCUAAAAUCUGGGAAGAAUCAGUGUUUUUCAGUUCAUUCAUGUCUAUGGAUCCUUGGAGAUAGAAGGGAGUGCCAUGGAAGAGAAUCAAUGGAAUGUAAAGCUCAGAGACCAGCGAAGGCGCUCGAGAGGAGCUCUCGACCUGCGAAUCUUUUGCUUCACCAUCCUUUUAUCAUUGGGGGCCUUCCUCUUCCUGUUAUUCUCUCUCAUGGUAUUCAGAGAGUCUUUCCGGCCAAUUUUGAUUGUGCCUCGAAUUUCAUCCUCCUCAGCCAUGGCCAUGAGUGCCAGAGAUAGCAGAUCGAACAACAACGGAGGGUCUCAUCCUCCACUUAAGCUUUAUGAUCAAGUGGUUUUUCCAGAUCAUGUACUGCUGAUAAUUCACCAAAAUCGCGUCCCCACUCUGAACACGCAUCAACUCAGUUGCCUUUAUGAACACAAAUUAGAGGUCCCGUCUGAAAUACUGACCCUCCCUGUUCUCUCUAUUGACCGGGAUGAUGAAUCGAAUCUACAAAUAGCCAGAUGUCCCCUCCCCCCAACCAGUUACUCCCACCCUCGUCUCACUUCGAUGGCCAAUAAGCCAGAGGGGGAGAGGAGUGACGACGGCGAUGAAGAGAGAAGUGUCAAACUCUCAGAAGAGGUUUCCCCUCCUCAUUGGGAGACUCUGGUUUACGAAGCCAUGACUGAUGGAGAUUCAGUGGUUGUGUUUGCUAAAGGCUUGAAUCUCAGACCAGACAGGGCCUCUGAUCCCGCCCAAUUCCUCUGUGUUUUUGGCUGGAAUCUUAGUAAACCCAAGUUUAUCUUUACCACCAAAGCCAUCACAGCCGCUCAGGAGGUAAUCAGAUGCUCCCUUCCUCUAAGCAUUAAAACAAAGCCCUCCAAAUCAGAGGGAAUAACCGUUUCUAUUAAGACCCAAACCAGAGGCAUACUCGCCUCUGUUGCAAAGUUAAAGAACCAGAACAAACAUAGGAGAGAGAAACCAACCUAUAAGCACACCAUGUGUGUGUGCACCAUGUUAUGGAACCAAGCCCAAUUCCUCAAAGAAUGGAUCAUGUACCAUGCCGAAUUGGGAGUGAGUAGAUGGUUUAUAUAUGAUAACAAUAGCGAUGAUGGCAUAGAAGAGGUUCUUGGUCCUUUGCGUCAAGCCUACAAUGUGACCCGCCGUACCUGGCCAUGGCUCAAGACCCAAGAGGCCGGUUUCUCACAUUGUGCAGUGCAAGCCCAAAGAGAGUGCAAAUGGGUUGGUUUCAUGGAUGUUGAUGAGUUCUUCUACCUUCCAUCCACCUCUCACAGUGAAGGGCCUCCCCUAAUUGGGAUUUUGAAUGAACAGGCCAAAGAGGUGGGUGAAGUUCGUACAUCUUGCCACAGUUUUGGGCCUUCAGGCCAUAGGCGAGCCCCUUCAAAAGGGGUUACAGUGGGCUAUACGUGUCGACUUGGUAGCCCUGAGAGGCACAAGUCGAUAGUUAGGCCCCGGGCCUUGGACAGAGCCCUGAUCAAUGUGGUGCACCAUUUUCACCUGAAACCUGGGUUCGUCUUUGUGGACUUACCAAGAGGGGUUGCAGUGAUAAAUCACUACAAAUAUCAGGUCUGGGAUGUGUUUAAGGCCAAGUUUUAUAGGAGGGUUGCUACUUAUGUAGCAGAUUGGCACGAUAAGGAGAGAGAGGGUUCAAAGGACCGGGCUCCUGGGCUUGGGACCGAGGCAGUCGAGCCACCCAAUUGGGCUCAACAGUUUUGUGAGGUGCUUGAUACAGGGUUGAGGGAUUAUGUUAUGGGGAGGUUUAUGGAUACUGAGACCAGGUUGCUCCCAUGGGAGUGAACCUCUUGAUGUUGAAGGGGUUAUUUGAGAGAAGUUGGCAGUGAGUGUAGAUGAGAUCUGAGAAAUUUGAUGAUCGAUUGAUUGCUUCGAGUUGAUUUAAUGGUAGUUUGAGACUAUUGACGCUGAUGUUUGUCACUAUUUGAGAUUCUUAGCGAGACGGCAGUGAAAUCAAGAGAACAAGAGUCUUAAUGUGCAAAUCAGUUCUCAUUUUUUCUGCUAGGGAGUCUUCAUUAGCAAAUUAAUUCAGUGCCUAUGGGGGAGGAGAAACGGGUGAGGAUGGCCUGAACUUUUUCUUGGUUAUGGAUGUUUGGUUCUAACAAUGGGUCUACUGCCUCUCUCAGGAUUUGUUGAAUGAACUAUGGUUUAUACUUCGUACACAAAGAUUCAUUGAGGUUGAGUUCCUAACAUUGUGUCUACUGUGUAUCUCAGGAUUUGUAAAAUGGAGGGUGGUUUGUACUUUGUAUACAAAGAUUCAUUGUUUUGCUGUACUUAUUUUUCAACAUUUAGUCUAUGAAACUUCCUAUAUUCAGAAUGAAAAGUUGCAUUUAUUUGGAA